AUGUCUCCCGCCGCUAUCGAAAACGACGUGGCCACGAACCGAGUGAAUAGCAAUGGCGUUGUGAAGUCGAAAAAAACUACGAUCUCGACACCUUUACCCAAUCCUUCUUUGCAGGUGACGGCCGAUCACAACUUGAAGCAGGUGGAAGCGCCCGUCUAUGCUCCAGGCAUCGGUGAGGUUCUCCUACACAUUAAAGCCACCGGUGUUUGUGGGUCGGAUAUUCACUUUUGGAGACAUGGGAGGAUAGGAACAUUGGUGGUCGAGGGAGAUUGCAUAUUAGGGCACGAGGCGGCAGGCAUCGUGCUUCAAUGCGGAGAAGGCGUCACCAACCUCAAGCCUGGUGAUCGUGUGGCUGUCGAGCCAGGUGUUCCCUGCGGUGUAUGUUUCCUCUGCGUGGACGGUCGGUAUAACCUUUGUGAAGACGUUCAAUUCGCCGGUGUUUACCCCUACGAUGGGACCAUUCAGCGUUACAAGUGCCACCCCGCAAAAUGGUGUCACAAGAUUCCCGAUAAUGUUUCCUUUUCGGAGGGCGCACUCCUAGAACCUCUUUCUGUAGUCAUGCACGGCGUGAACACCGCAGGGCUCUCUCUCGGUCGCGGUGCUGUUGUUUGCGGUGCCGGUCCGAUUGGUCUCAUCGCGUUGGCAGCCGCGAGGGCGAGCGGUGCGCAUCCGAUUGUGAUAACAGACUUGGAGCCCAAGAGAUUGGAGUUUGCAAAGAAGUUCGUACCCUCGGCUAUCACUUAUCAGGUCCAGAGGAACUUGAGUGCGGAAGAAAGCUCGAAAGAGAUUAGGAGGUUGUUCAACUUUGAGUACGUGGGCGAAUACGGGGCGCCUGAGGUGGUGCUUGAAUGUACCGGCGUAGAGAGCAGUGUCAUCACAGCGUGCUACACAGCGAGAAGAGGGGGAAGUGUCCUGGUUAUUGGUGUGGGGCGCGAGAUCAUGAACAAUCUGCCGUUCAUGCACUUGUCGCUCGCCGAGAUCGAUCUCAAGUUCAUCAACCGAUAUCGUGACACCUGGCCAGCGGGUCUGCAAUGCCUCGGUGGCGGUAUUCUAGAUCUCAAACCUCUCGUCUCGCACACAUACCCCUUGGAGAAGGCGUUGGACGCGCUGCACACAUGCGGAGACUUGAGUAAUGGUAGCAUCAAGGUGCAGAUCCUUGACGAAGAGGAAGAUGUGUUUUGA